AACAUCUGGACCAUGAAGGUGGCCUUCAGAUUGCUUCUCCCACUUGUUCUUGUGCUGGUCUCGGAGGUGAGCGGGCAGCGGAGGAAGCCUCCCCGGAAACCCACCCGCCCGCCUCCCGAGCUCGUUGAGCCCGUCGAGCCCACAGAGCUGCCCCCACCCCUGCCGCCGGGUCCCCCCUCCAUCUUCCCUGACUGCCCCCGAGAAUGCUACUGCCCCCCAGACUUCCCCUCCGCCCUCUACUGUGACAGCCGCAACCUGCGGAAGGUCCCCAUCAUCCCGUCCCGCAUCCACUACCUCUACCUCCAGAACAACUUCAUCGACGACCUCCCGGAGGAGUCCUUCAGGAACGCCACGGGGCUCAAAUGGGUCAACCUAGACAACAAUCGCAUCCGGAAGGUGGACAGGCGGGUUCUGGAGAAGCUGGAAAACCUCAUCUUCCUCUACAUGGAGAAGAACCAGCUCAAGGAGGUGCCUUCCUUCCUGCCACCCAACCUGGAGCAGCUGCGUCUGAGCAGGAACCAGAUCUCCAAGAUCCCUGCUGGGGUCUUCAACAAGCUGGAGAACCUGGUGCUCUUGGAUCUGCACCACAACAAGCUAAGCGAUGGGGUCUUCAACAAAAACACCUUCAAGGGACUCAAGAACCUCAUGCAACUCAACCUCGCCCACAACAUCCUGAGGAAAAUGCCCCCCGGGGUGCCCAGUGCCAUCCACCAGCUCUUCCUGGACAGGAACAAUAUUGAGGACAUCCCCAGUGAUUACUUCAAGGAGUUCCCCAACCUGGCAUUCAUCCGGCUCAACUACAACCAGAUCUCUGACAAGGGGCUGCCCAAGAACUCCUUCAACCUCACCAACUUGCUGGUGUUGCACCUGGCCCACAACAAGCUCACCAACGUCCCUUUCAUCAGUCCCAAGCUGGAGCACCUCUACCUGAAUAACAACUCCAUUGAAAAAAUCAACGGCACACAGAUCUGCCCCACCUCGCUGAUGUCCAUCCAGGACUUCUCCCCCUCUGACCUGGACAGCGUGCCCCGGCUCCGGUACCUGCGGCUGGAUGGGAACCUCCUGAAACCCCCCAUCCCCUUGGACCUGAUGAUGUGUUUCCGCCUCCUGCAGUCCGUGGUUUUCUAGCCCUGCCCGGCAGCGUGCCUCUCCCAGGACUUGGCUUUGCACAGAGACUCAACCCCUGUCAGUGUUUGACACGUGGGACCCUCUUUGCCUCCCUCUCCCCCUGCUCACACCCCGCCUCCAUCCCUCUUGCCUUUCCCCCUUUCCUCCCCUGCAGUGGCCGUGGACACGCGUGGCACGCGCAUCCUCGGGGACCACUGUCUGCAGGACAGCACCGCAUCGCAGCAGCCGUCCCAGGUCGCAGCAUCAGCCCCAUCAGCAUCAGUUCCCUGCCUGUGGGCCCUGCCUUCUCUGCCCGCACCCAGGCCAGCCCUGGAGCUGGAUCUCUCUCUCCCCUUCCACCCGGCAGAGUUUCGGGAGGUUGGAUUCAGUCCAAGCCAAAAGCAUCUCCGGAUGGAGCUGAUGAGAGCCCAGGGGCCACCUUGCUGCCGGACUCCUGUCACGUCAUUGCUCUGGGUGGCUGUACCCGGAAAGCCCGCGAUGUCCCUGGGGAAAAAUGCCCUGUGACGGAGGUGGAGCAAGGAUGCCCUGGGCUGGUGUGCCGAGGGUGCGGAUGGCCACCCUGCAGCCUUGGGGUGCAGGGCGAUGCCAGCCGGGCGUACCGGCGGAGGGUGGCUGGGGGAGCAGGA